AUGCCUGAUGUAGUGUCUGCUGCCCCAACACCAAAUCGUGAGGCCGUUGCAAAGCCGCCUACAGAGCCUGCGGCGCCGCCUUCAAUCGAGGGCAAUAUGGCACCAAUGAGGCGGGUUCCCGAGCUUCUUGCACGCAUCGCGGACCAGGAAGCUGACAACGCAAGACUCCAGCAAGAGAAGACGGCUGCCAAAAAGAUGUCCAGCGACUACCAUAUCCGUCUCACGCAGGCGACCAAGUCGCUAGGCGAUUUGACGGCCUCGUACUCGAGGCGCGUGGAGGAGAAGGACGCCUUACUCAGUGAAAACGUCGCAAUCGAACAGCGCGACACAUUGAUGAGGAAAGAAACCGCCAAGUCCGCCCGCGACAUCAGCGAUAUGACGAGCAAGAUACAAGAGAUGGAGGCCCAGAUCCAAGCAUACGAGGUCGAGAACAAGGAUUUACAAGACCGCGUCACUACGUUGGAGACAGAAGCGCAUAGCCUACAGUGUCACGUUCAAGACCUAGAGUUUGAGAGAGAGCAGGGUCGGGCUUCGGAGAGUAUCGAUGCAUAUGGAGCAAACGGUAGGAGGGACUCCACGCAACGCCCCAUGUCGAACGUUGACGCCACUCCUCCGCGCCAAGGUUCAGAUCGAGACCGAGAAUCGAGGUACAGCGAGGCGGUAUACACUGAUCAUCGGAGGACGUCGGGUGGAUUCUACGAGCGCGGUGGCCAUCAACGAGGAGCUCGCCGGGAGCGCGAUCGUGGCCGAAACGUACGGAACAGGUCAUCUACCAACGAUCGCUUCGUCCCUGACCUGUACCCUCCCACCGGACCUCGCGCCGACAGGCGCUGA